CAGCUCGCAAAACAAGCAAUCAGCCUUCUUAGCCGCAGAAUACAAAUGCGCCCCGUCCCACCCUCGUCGCCCCCCUCCCCCCAUGGUCACCCUGUCCAUCGCAACCGCGAGGGGCGCCCCAUGUUCCUCCCGCUACUUCCCCCAUUCUGGCUACCUCGGCCUCACCCCCGUCAGAGUUGAAGUCGUGCGCACGAAGCUAGACGAGGACCGACGACCACUCCCCGCCAAGGCCAUCUCCAUCUCCGUCCGCUGCUAUGAAGCCCGCGUCAGUCGCUCGCGCGGCACCGUCCACACCACCCUCCUGGUCGACCACACCAAUGUGCUCUGGUCAAAAUCUUCCUCCGCGGACUGGGGAGACGUCGGCGAGCUCGAGCUUCCAUUCAAGGUGACACUCCCCAAGAGCACGGCCGGACUCAGCACUGCCAACUUCCAGGUCUACCGCACGUUCUGGCGCGUCGAGGCAACGAUUGACCACAUCCCCAUCACCGGUGUCGGCCACCGGUUGCUGCGCUACUUCGACCUCGCGCUGAUCCGGUACGACGUCCCUUCACACGUCCUCUCCACCCCCUACGCGUCCUCCGCAUCUCCAUACCUGUACACAAGUAAGCCGCGAGCACCCGUCGUGCGCUACAACGUCUCGACGCCUGACCACCCCAUCGGCCCGAAUGACAUCAUCUUCGCGUCGGUCACUGUCCAGCCGCUCGACCCGGGGGUCUCAGUCCGUAGCGCAGUUCUCACGAUAGAACGUCGAAUUGACCUCCUCAGCCUACCCACUUCGUCGCCCCCUCCGACGCCCACCGUGAGCCCCUACCAUGCCGACGACAUUCCCACACCGAGCUCCAGUACCUCCACCUUGUCUCCUGCACUACAUGACCACGAAUGUGCAGUCCCGGCAUCAUCUAGCCAAUUCACGCUCGAGUCCGUGUCCUCUAGCCGCCCCCUUCUGUCACCAGCAUCUGCAUCCCCUCACGCGCCGUCCUCUGCUGGGUCUGCCUCUCACUAUGGUGACCCUCCGGCGAGGACGAUCACGUCUAAUGUCCUAACGGCUGAGUACACCGACUUCGCGCGCGACCGUCUGGGUACGUUCUCCAAGACCUCCACCUUGCAGUGGCCGACGUCGCGUCCCCACAGCCGAUGGGCGCUCGGGGAGACGAUGCACACUUCUCGCGCAGCGGUGCGUUUCUUCGUUCGCGCUUCAUUACGCGUUGUGGGGCCCGGCGGGUCCGAUAUGCUCGAGCUCGAGCCACGCGAGAUUGCAAUUGCAGCGACGAGCGAGGCCGAGCGGCGGCUAGCCCUCGCGAAGUACGCGGAGCAACGCGAGGCGACCAGUAGCGGGAGGAGCAAGAGCAAGAGCCCGUGGCGUUCCCGACACGACCCCGAUGAGGAACGCGUCCAGGCUGAGUUAGCCGUGCAGGGACAAGCGAAGACGUAUCCCGGGGCGGUGCCGGACAUGCGGGAGCCAGAGAGGCAUCGACAUCACUGCAAAGAGAAGGGCGCGUCGAGAGGGACGAAGCGGCCGCAUACGUCGGCGGGUCCGCGGGACAAGUCGAACUUCGCGAUGUUCAGCACGAGGGACGACCGCAACGCGCAUGUGGACUCGACGUCUAGUGGGGAAUCACGCGAUCAUCGCCAGGUGCGCUCGCAUGGGCACGAGCGCAAGAGCUCGCGCGGCUACGACGCGGUCAAGCAGGAAUCAGGGUUGGGCGAGAGCGCAUUGUUCUUCGGGAGACAGGAGAGGGAGAGGGAGAGGGAACGCACGGCGAACACGAAGGAGCGGCAUACGCCGCCGCAGCCCGACCAUGUACGCGCUUGGGAAGAGGAGCUCGCGCGCAUCGAGGCGAAGUCGCGCAGGAAUAGCUCCAUGCUGAACUUAUGGGGGUUGGGGCGGAAGAAGGAGAUCGUCCAACGCGGUUAGGUGCGGCGCGGCCCCUAGCCCUUCAACUCAACAACCUCACGUCUCGCGACGUGUCCUUGACAUCACGCUCGGCCCCGCCGACUCGCUGCAUUGCGGUGAUCACUCAUCCGCAGGGCCCCCUUGCUAACGCAUUCUCAGUUGGUGGCUUAACCGACUCGAGCGUAGCAGGGCCGACUUCGGGGGCUAACGGGUCCACGAACAAGCUUUUCUCAAGCUGGACCAAUCAACGCCGACACGAAUGCCUGGCAUUCCGAUGUUUGCCUUCUGCAUGCACCUAGUACUUAUCAUCUGACU